GAUUUGGAAUGACGCUCAGAUUUCUCGCGCAGAGCGACUACCGGACCAUGCCAUGGAAGAACGGCCUCGGGACAACCACGGAGCUUGCCGUGUCACCUGCCGGUGCAUCCAUCGACUCGUUCGUCUGGCGCAUCAGCGCUGCGCAAGUCGGCGCAGCUGGACCGUUCUCGUCAUUUCUGGGGGUCGCACGAACACUCCUUCAAACAAGUGGCACCCCAAUGACCAUCACAUGCACGGCCAAGGAUGAGGAUGCAAGUCUGCCACGCACUAUUUGGAACCAUACAAUGCAAUGGCUACAGCCAAUCACCUUCCAUGGCGAAGAGCAGGUUGGCUGCACUCGUCUCGACGGAGUGGCAACCGAUUUCAACGUCAUGACACGCCGGGCGCAGUGUCAGUCAACGACGUCCGUUCUGGAGCUCAUUUCGGGUGGGUACUUCUCACGAGUCGUCCCAGGUGCCACUACCUGCUUUGUGCACGCUUUGAGUGGCGAGAUUGCUGUCCAGGUCGUUUCUUGUUCGGUUGGAUUGGUGCCGACAACCCACCCAAGCGUGUGCGUCAGGUCUCACGAAUCGGCAGUGCUCGAGCCAAGUGCUGGGACGACGAAGGACUCGAUCGUGCUCGAAGUGCACUGUGCUCAACAUGCGCGCUUCAUUCUGGUCGAGCUGACGCCGAGUUCAUGA